CUCCUUCUCCCUGCUUCUUUCUAUCCAUUUCUCCCUUCCUGUCUCACUCUCUCCCGCCUUGAAAUCUCAGAAACUUUGACUUAAUAACUUUUUGGACACAAACUAAAACGCUGUGUUUUGGAUUUCAUCCCAUUUUCACUCCACUUUGUGGGGAAGUUUUUGUGUAUUUUUAGACUCGCUGUGAUCUGGCUUAAGACAAUUUUUGUGUGUGUUUUGCUGUCGGAUUUGAGUGUUGCCUACACUAUCUUUUCUCAUAAUCAACUCUGGUCAGAAAGGACUUAACAAGGAGUUACAUACUCGUUUCUAUGGUAACACAGCAUUCCCAGAGCCCGAGAAGGACUGAAGAUUAUCAGUGAACAUCCGGCAUACUCAAAGACUAAGCUACCUUCACCAAUGAGCAGUCAGACCGGCGGCAGGGAGGUAGCCUCUCCAUCUCGGCUCAAUCAGAGGACAUUUCUGGACGAUCUCAUGUUAACAUUUAAUUCACCAAUGGCCUGGCUGCUGGUUGUGGCCCUUAUCAUCACGUGGUCAGCAGUGGCCAUCGUUUUGUUUGAUCUGCUUGAUUAUAAAACUCUGGCAGACUACACCUCAUACUGUGACGACCCCUUGUGUUUACCUCCCGGUCUCCCUCCUCCUGCUGCCAUUGCCAAGAGAAGCGUGAGGACUAGAGGUGGGGUUCGUCCAAUAAAAUCAAGCUCUGCUGGAGUCCCCGGUCAUGUCACGCCUCAGGAGAGCACUGAUUGGUUGGAGAUGAUAUGGGCAUUUGCAGCUAGUCUGGUAGCUCCUGAUGAUGAGGAGGAAGGUAUUCAUCAUCUAACUGAAACCCUCACAUCUUUCCACUCAGAGGAUCUCUGAAGGAGAGGACAAGCGCUGGAGGAGAGAGGACAGAAAGGUUGAGAUGACUGUCAUAAUGCUGCACAUUAUAUCACAGUAGUGUUUUUUUUCUGUCUGUUGUUCACCAGUAAUUUGAUGAAUAAAAGCUUCC